GGGGGCAUUUAUCAGAGGUGAAAAAGGGCACGCUUAUUAGGAUGGGAAGGGGCACAUGCCAAAGUGAAAGAGGGCACCUUUCCUUCUAAAUAUGGGCACUUUUCAUAUUUAACUGGGCUUUCUUGGUGAACUAGGGGAACUAUUCUAUUUUCUUAUAUUAUUCCACAAUGUAAAAACGAUUUAUAUCCGUGUUUUCAUAUGAAUAUGUCAUUGUACGUUUGCUACUGUGUAUUGACUAUCUGUGUAUAUUAUUUUUUAAACAACACCUACGUGGAUCAUUGUCAUUUGAUUGGAGGAUUGUUGGUCACAUGGUAUUCGAUAGAUGUUCUAUUGCACAGGCGUGCAUUUUCGGUUAUAUUCGCCGUGUAUUUUCGGUUAUAUUCGCCGUGUAUUUUUGGUUAUAUGCAGACUGCGUACCUCUCUGCCGUGCGCGUAUCCCUGCGUGUAUCUGACGCGAAGGCAAUCUGAAUGUAAUCGAGAAUGCUUGACUCCAACUUUAAGUUAACUUUAGUAUAAGGAGUAGAGCAUAAUUUGUUGAUUAACGUUCUAUUAGAUCUUCUUUGAUGUUGUAUAAAACAAAGGUGUAAUGAUUGAUUCAAACCUAACUUGGAAUAGUCAUAUUAACAACAUUUGCAUGCUAGUCUAUAAAUCGAUAAGACAUCAUGGUCCAGACAUUUGGAAUGCUUUACCUGACAAUAUUAAACACUCUGCAACUCUUUAUUCAUUCAAAGCAUCGAUGAAAAAAUAUUUAAUAUCUACAUAUUCAAAAACAUCUGUAACCAGGUGACUGUUCUAUAAAGACUAGUCACAUACCAACAUCCUGUUUCCACAUAAAAUGCUCGAUUACAUCAUCACUUUAUGUAAACACCUUGAACUCGUGAACCCGCUUGACUCCUCGCAGUCCGUGUCACGAGUUUAACCAUCACACAUCUCCUCUUCGCCUCCUGUUUUACAGGUAAUUUACCAUAUUUUGUAUCAUACUUAUAUUUAAGUAAAUCAUUAUUAUCAUGUUAUAUAACUUUGUGCGGUUGUACUGAUGUAUGAUUAGAUUUGUUCUGAUGUUCGCAUUUGUAGAUAUCGUUGUUUUAAGGGAAGAAUUUAAGUUAAGAAAAGCUAUAGCUUCCUUACAACUAAUUGUGAAGCGUUAUACUGUAUGGGUGAAUGGUACCCACGAAUAUAUAUAUUUCACAUUGUAUAUAACUAUCUAUUUAGCUUUCUUACUUAAAGAUAUGAGCUAAUCAAUAUUUUGUCGUUUAUUAACCACUAGUGUGAUUCUAGUUAGCAUUUGACAUAUUCUAGUUGGGGAGAUAUUGUUACGAUUUUCCAUAUUCGAUUUGAUAACGUUUUGAGAGAUUUCCAUCUCAAAAGGAUAUAACCUUCGAUUUGACAUUGAAAAGCCAGAUUUUGCUAGUCUAUAAGUCCUUAUUUCUUAUAAUAUGUAUCGAGUUAUUAAGUCGUUUAUUUGUUUAGGAUCUUACAUUAUCAUGCCAAGAUAAUAAUCAUGUUUAUAUGUGUUCCGAUAUACCAGGGAUUGGUGUAGAAUCGGCGUAUAACUUUAUAACCAUAUUUUAUCUAUGAUACAUUGGUGUCUGCGUGAUUAGACUAUGUACGUUCACAUGGUGUGUACGGAGUGGGCGCAUCGUUGAGAACAAAGAAAGGAUUACAACUUUUAACUAAUAGUACCAGUACAAGUAUUACCUUGACAAAGAGGAACUUGGGCUUUCUAGGUUUGUCUCAACUCUGUAAUCUGUAUAGAGCAGGUAUUAUAGUAUUAGAAGCUGAAGUAAAUAUGCUUUAGCCGUCACUAUUAUAUAUGUAGAGUGGGUUUUAUUAUGGUCCAAAAGACCAAAACGCUCAUUUAUCUAUUCCGCCCUUUACAAUAAUGAAUUAAGUUAGAGAGCAACAAUUAUUAUUCAUUUGCACGAUAUAUGUCCAGUUUACGAAAGCACUAUAUAUCUAUCAUUCAGUAGUCUCCAGUUGUAUAUUAUUAGUCAGACAUGUAUAAAUCCAUUUAGUCUAUUCGUAUUAUGUUAGUUAUAGUUUCUUCGUUAUAAUUAGUUAGUACAUAUUUGUUAUCGUCUUGUUUACUUUGUUUAGGUUUAGUCGAGUUAGAUAUUGGUUAUCUUCGUAAUUCAGCAGUUAUACGUUUCGAGUAUUUGUUAUUAAGUUAAUAGUUACUAUACAUUAUCCAUUCUAGUGAAUGGUAAGUCUUUGUUUCGUUAAAUAUUGGAAAGGGACAUGUUGUUGAUAUUCACUUUGCUAUUUCAUCUAAUGGCUAAGUUUGGAUGUAAACCUAUAUAUAAGUAGGAUAGGAACUAUAGGAGUGUAUUUGUGUUUAGAUUAUGUGACUUUGUUUGUUUGUAUAUGAAUAUACAAUUAUGUGUUAUAUAUAUUAUUACUUUAUUAAAAGGGAGUCCGUGUCACGAGUGUAACCAUCACACAUCUCCUCUUCGCCUCCUGUUUUACAGCGGAGGAGGAAUUUAAUGAUGACUUCUACAGGCGGGAAGCUCCCACUCUGCCAGCGGCUACGGCCGCCUUGGGGAUGGGUUGUCGUCGGCGCCUCGUUCUUCAUAUACACUGUUCUCUACGGGAUAUUAUAUAGCUACAAUGUUUUGUUCAUAGCCUUUAUGGAGGAGUUCAACACCAGCUAUACAGUAACAGGUUGGAUCGGGUCUGUCUCCAUCGGGUUGUCUCUCCUCAUCGCCCCCCUAGUCAACAUCCUCACCGAGCGCUUCGGAUGUCGACCCGUCGCCAUCAUUGGCACCAUAGUCGCAGCCAGUGCUCUCAUUGUGACGUCAUUCCUUAAGAGUCUGAUCGCGGUGUUCAUCGCCUAUGGCCUAGUAUUCGGCGUAGGGGGCGGGCUAAUGACUGUUUGCUGUUACGAUGCGGUGCUUCUGUACUUCCCCGAGGAGAACAACGUGAGAGCGAUGGGUUUGCUACUGACUGGAACUAGCUUUGGUCUGCUUUCAUUUACACCCUUAAUGUCUUUCAUCAUCUCAAGAUAUGGAUGGAGAGUUCUUCUUCGGAUCGUGGGCCCUCUUCUCCUCUUUGUUGGUCUACCUUGCGCCCUAACCUUCGUAGAACCUUCUCACCCAUCAGGCGAUCGUAAACACCAGAACGGAGACAAGAACAUCAUCUAUCUGCGAAACGAGGAGGAGAUCGCAGAAAUCUCAGAGUUGAUGGACGAUUCUAAAAUGUUAAAGAAUUCUCCAAAACCCUUAUCUGUGAACGAGAAAUCUCAAUGCUCCCAGUCCGGGGAUGAAAAGCGUGUUGCCCGUGUACCUGUAAAAUUUACGCGUAUGAACAAUGAGUACGACGACAUAAAUGAUAAAGACAUAACUUCCUCUAGAGAGCGCUUUCCCACUGGAUUCGAGGAUGAUCUCGCAGAAUCUGGUGAUCCCUGUAGGAAUGGAGAGAUGCGCUGGGAGGAUAAAACGCGUCCUGUAAGAACAGCAUCGGAUCAAAGCAUAACCAGGAAAAUACUGGUCGCUCUGACUUUCCCCGAACUCUGGUUGAUAUCAAUAUCGACAGUACUAAAUGGGAUAGGAGACUGUUUUUACUUAGUUAAUUGGACAAACUACAUGGUAUCGGUAGGCUUCCCAGAGCCGACAGGGGUUCGAGUCGUGUCAUUACUCGGGUUCUCAAACCUCAUCGGGAAGAUCGGCAUGUCGGUGAUCGGAGAAUACAUUCCAUUCCCCAGAGUCUUUCUUCUCGUCAUCUCCAGCGUGGUCAGCAUCGCGGUCAUGCUCGUCAUCCUCUUCACCAGAAAUGUUAUUAUUAUGUACUGCAUAGCUGUCGUUGUUGGCGGAGUCACGAUGACUACGACAAACACCAUAACAUAUAGCCUGGCAUCAGAGUUCUUUGGUCCUGAGAGGGCGCUAGAGACAUCAGGUGUCAUUCUAUUCGCCUAUGGUUCAGGAUAUGUUCUUGGAUCCCUCGUAGGCCAGAGUAUUGAUACCACGGGUUCCUACACGUACGCAAUUUGGGCUUUCAUUGGGAUGUACACUGUAUCCGGCUUGUGUGUAUUAAUGGCUCCUGUUUAUCAACGCUUCUUCGCCCCACACCGUCUUGUGACGUUUGAACUCUACCGCAAAAAGAUGGAGGCGAGAAAAAAUAACGUGGUUUCUGAACAGAAAUCAUUUGGUUGUGAAGAAAAUAGCUUGAAAGGAAGUACAAUCGUGUAUGAUCGAGAAACAUGCGUUUAAAAAAGCCCACAAGUGCGCUUUUGCGUAUGUGCUAGUGGACGUAUGCUUAUAUCUUCGGUUUUAAAGACGUGUGUGAUUCGCAUCUACCUCUGGCAACCUGCCGUGAUCUCCAGUACCUAUUUUAAAGGACCACGAUCGAAUCCUUAGUCGUUAUACAAUGUGUUUUUUGUUUGGAAAGGAAACCGCGUGUUUGAGUGCGUGUGUGAGUGUGUGUGCGAGUGCGUCUACGUCUGCGUCUGCAUGAGAUUUUUGAGGGGUCUCGAUACAUGUAUGAAUCAUAUUGAACUUUGGUGACCUGCCUUCAUGGUUUCAAUGUAGUAUACUAUUUUGUAAUAGAUGUUUUAUCCAACAAUCAAGAUGCUAUAUAAUUAUAUUAUAACUAAAGAUA